CAGUUCAAUUAUCCUGCCGUUUUCAACUUCGGUGAUUCAAAUUCCGACACAGGUGAACUAGCUGCCGGCCUUGGUUUCGAGCUCUCACCUCCAUAUGGACAGACUUACCCCAAACUUUCACCAGUCGGAAGAGCUUGUGAUGGCCGUCUUAUCAUAGACUUCCUAAUAACUUCGUCAUCUCUUGCAUUAUUUGCCAUGGCUACCAACACCUUCAUUCUCCAAAUCUUGUUUUCCAUCUUCCUUUUACCUCUUGCCAAUUCCAUUCACUUUAACUACCCAACUGUCUUCAACUUCGGUGACUCGAAUUCCGACACCGGAAACCUUGUCUCCGCCGGCAUUGAGACCCUUGCCCCUCCUAAUGGACAGAACUACUUCAAAACCCCAUCUGGCAGAUACUGUGAUGGCCGCCUCAUUGUCGAUUUUCUCAUGGAUGCAAUGAACCUGCCAUUUCUAAAUGCCUAUCUGGAUUCAGUUGGAAUGCCAAAUUUUCGAAAAGGGUGCAACUUUGCUGCUGCAGGGUCUACUAUACUUCCUGCAACUCCAACAUCUGUGAGCCCAUUUUCGUUUGCGGUUCAAGUCUCUCAGUUUCUUAGGUUCAAAGCCAGGGUUCUUGAAAUUCUAGCUAAAGGUAAGAAAUAUGAGAAGUAUCUGCCCGCAGAAGAUUUUUUUGGGAAGGGCCUUUAUAUGUUUGACAUUGGUCAAAAUGACAUUGCUGGUGGAUUUUACUCUAAGACAUUGGAUCAGAUUCUUGCUUCAAUUCCAACAAUUCUGGUAGAAUUCGAAACGGGAAUAAAGAGACUAUAUGAUCAAGGAGCUAGGAACUUUUGGAUACACAACACAGGUCCAGUGGGGUGUUUGACUCAAAAUGUUGCUAGAUUCGGAACAGACCCUUCAAAGCUUGAUGAUCAAGGUUGUGUUAGUGGACACAACCAAGCUGCGAAAGCUUUCAACCUGCAGCUUCAUGCUCUCACCAAAAAGUUGCAAGGCCAAUAUACUGAUGCAAAUGUCACAUAUGUGGAUAUCUUCUCCAUCAAAUCUAACCUCAUUGCAAACUAUUCCAAAAACGGAUUUGAACAACCUAUUAUGGCUUGCUGUGGGUAUGGAGGACCACCCUUGAACUAUGACUUUCAGAUUAGCUGUGGGCAAACAAAGGUCUUGAAUGGGAGCUCUGUCACAGCCAAAGGGUGCAGUGACAGUAGUGCCUAUGUUAGUUGGGAUGGGAUUCAUUACACUGAGGCUGCAAAUCAGUUUGUCUCAUCAAAGAUACUUACCGGAGUAUACUCUGAUCCACCUUUUUCAGACCAAAUGCCUUUCCUUCUGAACCUCAAGUUCUGAAGCUCCAUUGUGCUUUAUUAUUGCUUAUGUAACUUGUGCUGUGUAAAAGCAAUGCUAAGCUAUUCGAAUGCCAAUGUUUAAACACCGCACCAACUAC